UCCUCCACAAAGCAGGAAUUGUCCUGGAUAUUCGAGAUGGAAGAUUAUGGCGAAAAUCUAGGCCAACUGAAAAAUAUCUUCUAUCCACGGAAUUAUAUCAAGCUGGUCGUCUAGAUGUUCCUGUUUAUGCGGCUGAGAAAAGAAUCAUUCCUCCAUAUCAUGAGACCUAUCUAGCUGCUACAGUCCCAUCAAGUUUCGAUCCAGAUCCGUGGGAAGCUACCACCACCUCCAUUCCAAGUAGAAUAUCCACCGCAAAUUGUUUAGUGGUCGUUAAAAAUAAUUCUACAGCUUUACAAAUAGCAAAUCUGACGCCACGAAGACAAGUUAUCCAUAAAGGGCAAAUAUUAGCUUAUCUAGAACCAUUAGCAGGCCAAUGGAUCACACCUUCAACCGGAAUUCUUCGGCCACAAUCACAACAUCAUACAAUCCAUAGUCACAACAACAAUAUGUAUGAUGACGAAAAUAAUGAUCAAUGUAGCGUCACCAACGCUGAAGAUAUUCAUCAACAUCAUAAUAAUAAUGCAAUCAUUAAUUAUCAAAGUAUUAAUAAAAAUUCAUUAAUUAAUGAUAAUUAUUCGAUGAAGCAUCCAAAUCCAACAACAUUUCAUGGACCAAUAUCAUUAGCAUCUGAUCCAACGUUAGAACUGGAACCGCUGAUGCCAGUCAUAAACAAAGAAGGAUUAACUCAUGUAGGGACACAUAUUGACACAUAUAUUGACUCACACAAUUCGAUGAGAGAAGUUGAAGAAGAAGGUGGACAAGAAACCGAACAUGAAAAAGAAGAAAAAUACACGUAUGUUGUAGUUAAGGAAAAUAAGGAAUCUUAUAAUGUAUCUGCUCCUUCUUCGUCUCAAGCGCCGGAAAGCGAGGAGUUUCGGGCUCAGCUUUUGAGAGACUUGGAUCUCUCCAGUGCUUCUUUAAGUGAUGUAGAGGAAAAACUUUUGAGUGAUUUAGUUCUCAAGUACGCCGAUCUAUUCACUUCAAAACCUGGACGUACUAACAUCAUUAAGCAUCAUAUUGAUGUUGGUGACGCUAAACCAAUUAAACAGCAACCUUAUCGUGCUCUGCCUCCACGCAGAAAUUAUAUCACUCAAGAGCGGAUUCAAAUGCAAGAGCAAAACAUAAUUGAACCCGCUACUGGACCUUGGGCAGCUCCAGUUACAUUGCAGCCGAAGCGAGACGGAACAAUGCGGCGCUCGUUAGGCCCUUUCUAA